ACAUCAACAGGUGAGCAGUGGUGCUAAGUUGAAUAAACAAUAAGUUUACAACAUUUGUAAUUAUAUCUGCUGGAAAUUAUUGCGGUCAUUUCUCGCAAUAUCCAAACGUCAUUUUUGACGUACAAAUGUUAGGUUAAGUCCCCGACAUUUCUUAAACGUUCAACCAGUUUUGUUUUAACAGUACCCCAAAGAGAUUCAGACAACCAAAAUGUCAACUUUGGAGUAUUCGGAAGCUCUGACAAAAUGGGAAAGACUUUCAUGCCAAAACGUUCAAAAUUGUAAACUGUGCCCCUAUUUUACAACAUCAGUUUUACGUAUGGUGAACCACGCAACCAGACACAGUUCAUUGUUGGAAAAAUUCACGUGCCACAGCGCCAAAAUUGAACCCUAUUACUGCAAAGAUUGCGAUUAUGAAACGGGAUUAACGAUUCUGUUCAAACGUCACGUUAAUAAAUAUCACAGCCUUAAAAGCGAAUUUAGGGACAAUUUAUCAAGUGAGGACUUCAGUGUACGAAAUUACGUUUGCGAAAAAUGCGAUUUUGAAACAAAUUUGUUGUUAAAAAUGCUUCAGCAUACUUUAACGUGCGCAGGAAAUAAAUUAACGAAUUAUUUCGUUUUCAACCAAACUGACGGAAAACGUUGCUAUUAUUGUACGGAAUGUUCGUAUAAAGCCGGAAAUAAAACGAAUUUAAAACGUCAUAUGGGAAAACACGCUUUGAACAAACGGUAUGCAUGUGAGCAGUGUCCAUUUAAAAGCAAAUGGAAAGGAGCUUUAAGAAUCCACGUAAAACGAAACCACUUAGAUGAGCGAGAUGUUCAAUGGUACAAGUGUGAAAACUGUAUUUUCAAAACUAUAAUAAAAGAUGAGUUAUUUAGACACGUAAACAACUUACACUUGAAAGAAGAGGAAGGUAAAUGGUACCAAUGUAACGAGUGUCCGUACAAAAGUCGGUAUAAAAACAAUUUAAAAACGCACGUAGUUGUAAAACAUCUAGAUGAAGACAAAAUUAAGUGGUAUGAAUGCGAACAGUGUUUAUUUAGAACCAAGCACAAAGGACGUCUGAAACACCACGUAAAUGUCGUCCAUUUAAAGAAACCAAACCCUGAAUGUCAUAAGUGCGACAAAUGUCCGUUUAAAACCAGAAACAAACACAAUUUAAAUCAACACAUAAAUUUGUUUCACUUGAACGAACAAGACGUUAAAUCGAACGAAUGCAACGACUACCAUCAAUGUAAAAAAUGCCCAUUUAAAACCAGAUGGGAGUCGAGUUUAGAAAAGCACGUGAUUUCUCGCCAUUUGGACGAAAAAGACGUUAAAUGGCACGAAUGCGACAAGUGUCCCUACAAAACUAAAUUUAUUUCAGUUUUAAAAAAACACACAGAUGUUAUUCAUUCAGAGAAACCUAAAUGGUAUGAAUGUGCCAACUGUUCGUACAAAAGUAAAAUAAAAAACUAUUUAAAACAACACGUACAGAUCCAUUUGGAAGUCAGGUUGUAUCAGUGCGAGUAUUGUCCAUAUAAAGGUAAACGUCGCACUGAUUUAAAGUGUCAUCAGAAUGAGCGCCACAUAAAUCGGAUUCCUGCAGACAGUCAAGACGCUAGAUGGCACAAAUGUGAACAAUGUCAUUUCAAAACUAAAAGAAAAUCAUAUUUGAAACGACACAUAAUCAAUUUACACUUGAAGGAAGAAGACAUCAAUUGGUACAAAUGUAAAGAGUGUCCAUACAGAAGUAAAACUCCGGCUCAUUUAAACCGUCAUAUGAUUUGUAGACACUUGGAUGAAGAAAAAGUCAAGUGGUUCGAGUGCGAAUAUUGUCCGUUUAAGACGAGACUCAACGCUUAUUUAAAGUCGCAUGUAAAUAAAUGCCAUUUGGAUAAAAUGGAAGCUAAAUUGAACAAAUGGAUAUUUGUUAUUUUACCAACAUACGUCAGUUUAGUGUGAAAAUGUGAGGUUAAAACUCGGACGUUUCGCGACUGGUCGGAAGAUCAAAGUUUAUAAACCUUGUAAGAGGCAACCAAAAUGUCAACUCUGGAGUAUUCCGAAUCACUUCAAGCCUGGGGAAGAACUUCAUGGAAAAACAUCCACAACUGCAAACUGUGUCCCUAUUUUACAACAUCGCUUUUCUUAAUGGUGAAUCACGUGCGACGACACCGUUCAUCUCAGGAAAAAUAUACGUGCGAAAACGCCAAAAUUGAAAAAUAUCAUUGCAAAGACUGCGAUUUUAAAACGGAACUAACGAUUCUGUUCAAACAACACAUUAAUAAAAAUCACAGCGUUAAAGUCGAAUCUAGAGACGAUUUAUCACUUCUGGACUUCAGUCUACAAAACUACGUUUGCGAAAAGUGCGAUUUCGAAACAAAUGUGUCGUUGAAGUGGCUUCAACAUACUUCAGAAUGCAUGGAAAAAAAAGAAAACCUAACAUGUGUGAGUUUUGUGAAAGAGAAUACAAAUAUUUUCCAUUUCAAGAAAAUUGACGGAAAACGUUGGUAUUAUUGUACGAAAUGUUCCUACAAAGUUAGAAAUAAAGCUCAGUUAAGAUAUCAUAUGGCAAAACAUGAUUUAAACAAACAAUAUGAGUGUGAUAAGUGUCCCUUUAGAACCAAAUGGAAAGGAAAUCUAAGCAAUCACAUAAAACGAAAGCAUUUAGAUGAACGAGAUGUUGAAUGGCACAAAUGUGAAAAAUGUCCUUACAAAACUAUAAUAAAAUGUCAUUUAAUUAGGCACAUAACCAACUCACACUUGAAAGAAGAAGAAGGUGAAUGGUUUCAAUGCAGUGAGUGUCCAUAUAAAACUAGGGCUAAAUCUAGUUUAAAGAGUCACGCAUUUCUCAAACAUCCAGAUGAAAACAAAGUUACGUGGUAUAAAUGCGAUCAGUGCCAAUUUAAAACUAGGGUCAAAACAUCCUUAAAACGCCACGUGAAUGUGAUCCAUUUAAAGAAACAAAAUGCCGAAAAGUGUAUGGAUAAAAAGUGUUCAUAUAAAACCGUAAAUUCGUUUAAGAAAGACGUUAAAUCAAAAGAAUGCAACAAAAAUAAGCGGUUUGAAUGUAAAUAUUGCCCAUACAAAACUAAAUGGGGGUGGAAUUUGCCAAGGCAUGUAAUUGCUCAACAUUCAGAUGGCAAAGAAAUUAAAUGGCACCAAUGUGACAAAUGUCCAUACACAAGUAAAUUUAAAGAAGGUUUGAAGAAACACGAAGAUCAUAAACAUUCAGAUGAAGCAAAGUGGUACAAAUGUGCGAACUGUUCGUAUAAAACAAAAAUAAAAGACAAGUUAAUACAGCAUGUACAUGUUCAUUUUGACAGCUAACAAUAUCAGUUCGACUAUUGUCCAUGUAAAACGAAACGUACUUUUACUUGAAAGACUCAUUUAAAUAACCACCACAUAAAUCAGAUGCUUCUUGAUGGUAAAGAUCUUAAAUGGCAUAAGUGUAACAAAUGUUCUUUUAAAACUAGAAAAGAAUAUUGUUUAAAACGUCACAUAAACACUUUACACUUGAACAAAGAAGACAUGAAAUGGCAUCAGUGUAGUGAGUGUCCAUAUAAGGCAAAAAAUGCGCAUGGUUUAAAAUGUCAUGUCAUUUGUAAACAUUUGAGUGAAGAAAAAAUCAAGUGGUACGAGUGCGAAUAUUGUCCACGUAAGACGAAAUUCAAGAACCAUUUAACGGAUCAUAUGAAUAGAUGCCAUUUGAAAAAAACAAAGACACAAAUGCGGUCAGUCUCUUUACAAAAGGAAAAUUGAAUCAUAUUUUUAUAAACACAAAAAUGAUGCAGAGAAUUAUAUUUACUUUGGUUUUUUAGUAGUAGCGUUGAAAUAUGUGUAUCAGCACUUUUUGUAUA